UCGAACAGAAUCAGGUGUCCGUUGUGAUACGCGGACAUACACUACAAUUUUAAUCUGAUACGUUUUUUUUGGCGAAACACAUUUAUUUAAACUUAAUAUGAGGAGCUUUGGGAUACUUCUCGGCGUGGUAUUUCUCACUUACUCUGUUCAUGGAACCUAUCCAUCUGAAUCUAGGUGCCAGUGCAACGGGAAGGCCCUUUACUGUGUGCGAGAUGCUGAGGGUCUGCGCUGUGUGAAGUGCCAGGGGAACUCAGAGGGCCGCCACUGUGAGCGCUGCAAGGAAGGAUUUUAUCAGCAGAGGGCAGGGCAGAGCUGUGAGCCCUGCAACUGCAGCCCCACAGGUUCGCAGAGUUCCCAGUGUGAUAGCAGGGGCCAGUGUCGCUGCAAAGAUGGCUUCCAGGGGGAGAAGUGCGACCGCUCAGAGCCUCAAGGCUUAAAUUGUCGGGUACGGGGUGGCAGCCAGCUCCCCACUGAUCCCACUGACUGCUUGCCUUGCUUCUGUAACGGACACUCAAAUGACUGCUCAACAGCAGCAGGGUACUCUGUUCACAACAUCACCUCAACAUUCGAGCAAGGUAAGGAAGCCUGGAGAGCUGCUACGGCUCAGGGUGAGGCUCCGUCAGUCUUCCGCUGGUCGGAGACCCAUGGUGACCUAGAGGUCAGAUCCAAGGACUUUAUGCCCACAUACUUCUAUGCUCCACCCUCCUUCCUGGGAAAUCAGGCCCUCAGUUAUGGCCAGACCCUGUCCUUCUCUCUUCGCCUCGACAGAGGAGUCCGUCGGCCCUCUGGUAAUGAUGUGGUGCUGGAAGGUGCUGGACUGAAAGUGGCCGCUUCUCUGGGUGACCUGAGGACUAUAGUGCCCUGUGCCAAGAAGAUCACUUACACUUUCAGACUGGAUGAACUGCCUGGAAGUAAAUGGCAGCCUGGGCUGUCAUCCCUUCAGUUCCAGAAACUCUUGAGCAACUUAACGGCCAUCAAAAUCAGGGGAACAUUCGGUGAAAAUGGGCGUGGUUAUUUGGACAAUGUGAUUCUAGUGUCUGCUCACAAGGGGCCUGGAAGCCCAGCACGCUGGGUUGAGAAGUGCCGUUGCCCCACAGGAUAUGAGGGGCAGUUCUGUGAGCGCUGUGCGGCAGGGUUCAAGAGGCACUUCUAUAAUAAUGACCCACUUAGCAGCUGUGAGCCCUGUGCCUGCGAGGCAGGAAGCUGUGACCCAGAGACUGGAGAAUGCUACUCUUCUGAUAGCACUUCCACUGGGCAGUCUUGUCCCCCUGGUUACUAUAACGACCCACAGAGGCCCAAUACGUGUGUGCCAUGCAACUGCCCUGGUGCUAGCACUUGCUCAGUGACACCUGGGACCCUGAACGUCAAGUGUGACCGUUGCCCAGCAGGGACUACAGGCUCUCGUUGUCAACUUUGCGCCAAUGGCUUUCACGGUGAUCCCCUUGGCGAGAGAGGUUCGAGGAGACCGUGCCAGCCAUGCCAGUGUAACGGGCAUGUGAACCCUAGGGCCGAGGGACACUGUGACCGCACCACGGGGGAGUGUCUGAGGUGCCUGAACAACACGAGGGGACCGUCCUGUGAGGACUGCAAGCCAGGCUUUUACCACCUCAAACCCACAGACGCAUGCAAAGCCUGUGAUUGUGACCGUGAUGGGGCCGUGUCCUCCAGCUGCAGUAAGGGGGGCCAGUGCAGCUGCAGGGAGGGCUACGAGGGCCGCAGGUGCCACCGCUCCUCCUGCCCAUCCUGCUUUGACCCAAUCAAGACCAAGAUCGAUAAUUUCGCUGUGAAUGUGCGUGAGAUUGAGGCCAUGUUGAAUGGGGUUGAGAGUGGUGGGGUGCCAGUGGGGAAUGGUCAGAUGGAGAAAGCCAUUCAGGAAGCAGAAGUGGUGGUGGCAGAUAUGAAGAAAAAAGCGGGCAAACUCACAGACAUGGAGCGGGAUCUUGUGGAGAGACUAAAUGAAGUCAGCAGGGGGCAUCUGAGAGAGGACAGAGAAAUACAAUCUCUGGCAGAGACCAUGGACAACAUCAAGCUGAAGGAGCAGCAGUACAAGAAACAAGUCUCUACCAUCCAGCAGCUCAUCGAGAGUGCCAAACAAAAACUACAGCAAGGCAAGCAGGACCUUAGGGAAGCGGAGUUCCCAUUGAGAGAUGGCGUUGCUGGAGCUGACGGUAUGUCUGAAUUAGCCAAGGAGGCCAGCACCCUGGCAGAGCAGCACCAAGGAAAAGCAGACUACAUUGACAAAACAGCCAACAGUGCCUUGUCAGAUGCCCAGAAAGCCUUGAGUCUGAUGCAAACAGCCAUGACAGGCGAAAAUGCAGUGAAGGAGUUAAUAUCUACCCUUAAGACCCAGUUUGACAAAGCAGGCGCUGAUGUGAAAUCCCUGGAGAGACAGGCAUCUGAUCAGAUCGAUGCAGCAUCGGGAGAGAGCACCAUAGCAGCUGGAAUGCUGAAACAGAUCUCAUCUAUCCAACUACCUCAGCCUCCUGCAGAAAACAUGAAUACAGCGUUAUCCACACUCCAUGACCUGAAGAAGUGGGCAAAGGGGAACCUGACAGCUUACCAAAAGCUUCAAGAAGGCGUCAGUGCUGACCAGAGUGAAGCAGAGACUCUGUUGGCUGAAGGAAAAGCCGCACAUGAGGAGUUCAACAAGCUGUUGGGAAGAGUGAAUGAUGCUAAGGAAAUGACAGACCUGGCCCUCCAGGGCAUCAACAAAAACAUGGACGGUCUGGAUGAAGCUCUCGAGUCAUUGAGAGGAUUUGAUGAUAAGAUUGACGCUAACAAGAGACUGGCUGAAGAGGCCAUUGCCAAGCUGCCAGACAUCAGCGGUACCAUUCGGGAUGCAGUUGGCACCAACAGCAAGACAGUGUCUACACUGGACAAUGUCAACAUAACAUACAAUGGAGCCCUUGCUACGUUCAGUAAACUGGAGGACUUAGUCACUAAGUUGGAGGGAAUGCCCGAUGUGCUUACUUUGUCCAAGGAGCUGGAGAGGGAUGCUGGUGUCCUCAGAGGAGAUGUGGAGAACCUCAAGAACGAUGCAGACGAUACACUGACCACUAUCGAACAGGAGAUAGACACCGAAGACGCCAGGAGAGGCGAAGUAGAACAGGUUGCAGGAGAUGCUGCUUCUGCCUUAAACAAAGCAGAGACCACCAGACAAGCUGUCGGCGAUGUGCUACAGACGGUGUCAGCUAUGCUUGAUAACAUUGGCACCACCAGCCCCGUGGAUCAGGACAAGGUGAAGGAGCUCCAGGCUGCCGUCAACAGUGCCACAGCUCGGGUGAACCAGGAGCUGAAGCCCCGCCUGAGGGAGCUGGAGGGCAUGGAGGCGCGCCAGAGGGCUAACCUCGCCAACAUGAGUGCAGACAUCGACGCCAUUCUGGCCGACAUCAAAAACCUAGAGAAUAUCCACAAAGCCAUCCCGGAGGGCUGCUUCAAAACCACAGCCAUCGAAGAAGCCUAAAAGGACUAUCAGAGGAAUGUGUUGUCUGUAACCACUUUGGGAACGUGCGCAUUAUGAUUUCCAAACACGCUGCACAUGCCAGAAGAGGGCAGAGUAAUUUAUAUCAUGCACUGUAUUUGUAUUUGCAUCAAUACACUUGUAAUUGAUUUUAUGAACAUGUGUUUCUUGUGUUUACAGAGUAAUGUUGAGUGCAAUCGAGUGUGUGUGUGUGUGUGUUUGUGUUUGUGUGUGUGUGUGUGUGUGUGUGUGUGUGUGUGUGUGUGUGUGUGUGUGUGUGUGUGUGUGUGUGUGUGUGUGUGUGUGUGUGUGUGUGUGUGUGUGUGUGUGUGUGUGUUUUCCUACUUAAGCAACAUGUCGAAUGUGAGCUGUGAAGUUCUGUGUAUCGUCCUUUCUUUUAAAUGACUUCCACCAAAAAGUACGAUUUUGAAUCAAAAUAAACAGAGGCUAUGUUGUCCUGUCACCAUUUUAAACAAAGCAUGUCAAUAUUUAUAAGUUUGCUUAUCAAUAAAACUUGGACUUAUGCAGAAAAGUGUGCAAUUGUCAUUUCUGUUCUUUUUAUUAACCUGAACAGUACAUUUAUUUUUGAACAAAGCAGCUAAUCUUUUCUUGAUGUAAUUGACCUUUUGUGUAGCUACUAGCUACAUAAAUAAAACAUUACAAAUGUGGUGAGUAUCAAUUAUUGUUAGUUGUUCAUCUUUGUGUCUGCUAUUCAUUAAUAGACAUCUUGGUGUUGGAAUUUGCAUUAACUAGCCUACAUGGUUUAUGAUUGUCCUUCACCACAGGAGGGGGUUCCUGUGAUCUGUCCUAUUGUGUGUAUUGGUGUACAUUUGGCCCACUGAAUCAAGUCAUUGGUGGUGCACUGAAAACCGAAAAUAUAACACGCAUACAAUGUCACUAUCCUAUUCAUUUUCCCGGCACAUAAUUUUUUUAUACAACAUAAUUCCAUGCAAUCGUUACUAAAGUAUUGUGUUAUGAUACAUUAGUAGUAGUAGGCCUAGUAGUUCUUAUCAUCAUACAUCUGUGUUGAGACUAGAUGGAAAUGACAUCUCAAAUUGACAGACUUAAUUUCACAUCUUUGCAGAAGCACAGCAAAGAUGACCCUUUUGCUUCAACAGUGGCAUGAGUGAGGCAGCAUGACGACUUAGGUUAGGUCAUGGUUUAUGACAGAUGAGCAAAAGCCGUGCACUAUUUUUUUCAUUGUAUUGACUACACGGUUUAUUGGUCAUUGCAUACAGAUUGCUAGGAAUGUUGGUCUCUCCUUUGUCUUUUUCAAUAUGGGAAAAACAAUUAAAUUCAACAUGUAGUACCUUCAUAUUCCUGAUAGGCCUAAUCCAUUUCUGAAUGUGUGUUGAAUUGGUCACAGUUCUAUGAAGUUCAAAUAUUUGUAUCAUUUGAAGAUUAAGCCUUUUCCACAUCAGUGGUUACAAUCCGAUAAAAUUAAUUUGUUAAAAAAACACCCCAAAGCAAUAUAGAUACCACCAAAUACUUAAACUUAAUGUACACAGAAAUAACAAAGUUUGUACAGAAACAAACUGCCAGUAGUUUGGGUCAAGGCAGAGAGGUGUAAAACCAUGUUAUAACUGUUUCCAGUACGGAAGUAAUGAUUUUGAAUCAGAUAGUUUUAUGUUUAAUUUUCCCAUCUCUGUACUGUACUAUAUUCACAGUAGGCUAUUUACUGGUGUCUCCUAUUCUAUCUCUGGAGGGAAGUUGCAUGUGGCAUCUACAACUUCAAUGAUCAUAAAUCUGCAAUCUCCAAAACUGGUACAGAUUGAUUUGGAUAAUCUCUGAAUCAUGUACAGUACACUGUGUAACAGACAACAGGCUUAUCCCUGUGCCCUUGGGGAAACACACUGAAAAACCAUCCAUGCUCUUUUUUUUUACCACUGCUGCCAACCUUGUUUGCCCUCCCUGAGGACAUGCUCCUUUAUGGCGACAGCUGCCCCUAGCACUUUCACUUUUAAUCUUACCUCUCUCCAUCACAGUCCUGUCACAGUGGUCCAAUCCCACCUCACCUCUGUAGCCUAGUAUGCACUACACGUGCCUCUGAAGAACAAGGGCUUUCAUGCAUUUGUGUUUGUGUAUGUCCUUGCGGUGUCCUCUUUGUGAAACAUGCUCCCUGAAUGGAUAGGGACUUUGCAACAAACGGUGUAAAGUCUGACCGCGUCCUCCUCUUCUUUCCGACAAUGUUUUUGUAUUCCCCUACACCAGAGGAAUACCAGAAGUGACACCACUACAUAAUUGGAAUAAAA